AACACCAAAGUGGUGAAUAUGUGAGAAAAAGUGUGUUUUGUCAAAGGCGGCGGAGAAUUAGCUUUUGUGCAAUUAUUUGAGCAUAUUCAAUGCGAAUCUUUCAGUUUUAUUGCUACCUAAUAUCCAGGCUUCACAAGGACGUAGUGGAAGAGCAGGGAUUUGUGCACAGUCUGAGUGAAGCACGGAACAGUGAUUUCGCUGCGGCCUGACGCUAUCCUUCUCUUGGCGCGAACGCGCCAGAAGGACAUAAAAAUCUUGACAAAAGCCAAUAGAGCAUCCAAAGACCUUUAUCCUGAGGAUUACAAGUGUGUGAGAACUAGGAAAAUGAAUUGCAUUGAGGCCGAAAUCCCACUGUUCGUCCUCUCAAAAAAUCCACGAGUGUUGCUGACCAGCUUAAUUGAGCAGCCUGAGAAAUCGGAAAUGCAUAAGAAUGCUGAAGAAUUUCCGCCUGGAAGCCUUCUUUGGGCUUCCCUUUCCAAGACGGACAUCUUUUGGCCCAGCAUUCUGAUGGAAUCUCUGUCGACUGACGAAAAUUCAAAGUAUCACGUGAAAUUCUUCGGUGAUUUGGGACGCAAUGGCUUGAUAAGCAAGUCGAAUGUCAGAAAAUUUGUUAGAAAGGAUAAGGAUUUAGCGCUACAGAAUGCGUCAAAGGCAAAAAUCAGUGGGUUUAGUAAGAGGAUUGCGCGAUGGGAGGUUGCUGUGAGGGAGGCAGAGGAUUGCCUGCAGUAUCCAAUUGAGGAGAGAAUUCAGAUGUUCACAAAAGCGAUUGAGAAGCAGAAGACUUUAGCGACUGAGAACUUAAAGAGGAAGCGCCAAAGUGACCCCUGGUUCGGCAGGAAGAAGUUGAAAUUGGACGAUCGGAAGAAAUCCACUGAAUUGUCGGAGAGCGGAAUCAGCACAGGAAGCGUGAGUCCCACUCCAACGCUUGAUCUCAUGUCCAACGGGACAGCAACACCGAUCAGAGUCACGCCGGAACCUACUGUUAAGCCGCCACCUCGGGUUGCAGAUGUGAAGGAGUUCUUCAGUUAUGCAAAAGAGCAAAUCCAGGAGGAUUUGGCGAUGAUUCUGAAGAAGUGCAGCAGAGCUGUUUGUAGGUUCUGUGGCAGCUCAACUGCACCACUGAUCAGAUGCAGUGGCCGCUGUGGAGAUACUUAUCAUGCCAAGUGCACAAGGAUCAAGGUGAAUGUGGCAAAUCGAUCCAAUCGCUCCGGCAAAUCUCUUGCUGAAGAGGAGAUUGAGUCUGAGAGCGUCAACAGCCAGGGAUUGUGCUGUGAAUGCUCAGAUGGAGAGAAGAUCUGCUUCGCCUGCACGAAGCCCAUUAAGGAUGAGGUGCUAACGUGCAGUGAGAGACUCUGCUCUAGGUCUUUCCACCGCCAUUGCCUCAAAGGAUGGCCUCAGGUCAGGAUAACACAAUCGAAUGGGAAGGACACUUUCAUCUGUCCUCAGCACAUGUGCCACAUCUGUUCAUCUGAUGAUCCCUCACAGCACUCGAUUGACAAGAAAAUGCGGCUACUGAAGUGCAUUCUCUGUCCGACUACGUAUCACAACGCGUCACAGUGCAUUCCGGCGGGCAGUGAGGUUCUCUCUUCCCACCGACUGAUUUGCCCACGGCAUUGGCCACUCACAUCCAAGCAGAUCAACGUCAAUUGGUGCUUCAUCUGCGUGAAGGGUGGCACACUGAUAUGCUGCGAUAACUGUCCAGGUGCCGUUCACGAGUCUUGUGCUCUGGCCAGCGCCACUGAUGACCCUUACCUGUGCGACGACUGUGAGUCCGGCAGGACAUUGGUGUAUGGAAAUCUGGUAUGGGCGAAGCAAGGCAGUCAUCGCUGGUGGCCAGCAUUGAUUGUCACUGCCAGUUGUGCUCCGCAAAUCGUGCAGAACGCGCGUCAUCGUCGCGGGGAAAUCUGCACUUACUUCUUGGGAUCUCACAACUGGGCGUGGUUGCCCAGGAAGAGGAUGUUCCAAUACCAAGAAGACGACGGUGAGUGCCAUAGCAAGACUUCCGAAUCGCCGGGUGGUCUGAAUAAGAGCUUCUAUCGCGCGCUCAACGAGGCAACUCAGCUGUCGCGAAUGACGAAUGUACACAUGGACAUCACAAAUCACAAACAUGAGCGGCCACCUAUGUACAAGAAGCUGCUGAACAAUCAGCUGGUGGCGCCGGUGAAGGCGAGGGACUUGAUCGUGGAGGAGGAGAUGGUGGACACGCGCUGCUUCUGCAAUACUGUUGAGUUAGUGGAUAAAUGUGGACCAAUGUCGUCGUGUGUGAAUCGCAUCUCGUUGAUUGAAUGCACAAAUAGUAGUUGCGGAGCGGGCAGUGAGUGCCAGAAUCGUAGCAUCAGUCGUCGCCAGUAUGCAGCGACACAAGUUAUCCGCACGCCGCGUUGUGGAUGGGGUCUAGUUACCAAGCAGGCGCUCCAGGAGGGGGACUUUGUCGUGGAAUACGUGGGUGAAAUCAUUAAUGCCGAGGAGGCGGAGAGAAGAAUUAGGAAGAAGCAAGAGGAGCGAAGCAAUGUCUACUACUUGCUCACUCUCACCAAGGAUCUCACCAUCGAUGCUGAGCACAAAGGCAAUCACUCACGAUUCAUCAACCACUCAUGCGAUCCAAACUGCAUAACGCAGAAGUGGUCAGUGAAUGGAGUCAUAAAGAUCGGCAUAUUCGCAAUUAAGGACAUUCCUGAGGGCACGGAACUGACUUUCAAUUAUCAGUGGGAGAAACGCGGAGCGGCUGGAAUGAUAUGCCAAUGUGGAGCACAAAAAUGUUUGGGGUCGAUUGGCAGUGAGCCCAAGAAGACCUCGAAGACAGCAAUCAAGCGAAAGAUUGACGAAAAUCUCAACAACCCUGAACCACAUCCUUUGAAUGUAACUAUAUAGUCUAAUGACUAUAGGAAACAUGAAAUAUAUGAAUUUUUAGUAAAGGAUCAACUACAAC